CGGCUUGUGGACCAAUGAGAAGGCUGCUUGGCAAUCGGCGUUCGUUUGUUAACCACCAUGACCGAGGACACGACCGAUCAUGAAAACUCCAACGAAUCAACGCCCCAGGUCACUGAGGGAUGUCGGAUGCCCGUUCGCAUGCGGAACAGUAACGACUGGCCACUUGCUGAAAUACUGAGCAUCAAGGAGUUACCUGACAAUCAAUGCCUUUACUACGUUCACUUCAUUGAUUACAACAAGCGUCUAGAUGAAUGGGUGACAGUCGAGCGCUUGGACCUGAAGAAGCUGCAACUGCCUCGGAAAGAGAACAAGACUCCGCUGAAGGACGUCAAGAAUGGCUCUCGGCCCUGCUCACCGGACUUGCUGGCUGCAACGUCUGUGGACCGACUUCCUCCCCCUGUAAGUCAAAUGGAUCGUCCAGGUCUCUCCGUGGACGUGUGGCCACAGAAGUCCCCAGCAGAGGCCAAGGUUCCAGUGAAGGAGGCCCUCCCACCGGCCAGCGCGGCGGAAUCGUGGGCCGAGAAAUCGCCCGACGAGCCGGCCCCAUCCGCAUCCGUGAAAGAUACCAAGGAGAACUCCGAGGUUUGGAGCAAGAAGGCUAGGACACCCGAAGUGAGCAAAGCAGUCAAGGAGAAUGGAGCUCCACCAAAGAAAGCAGCAGGAAGGAAGAGGAAAUUUCCACCCACCGAAAACGAGGCUCUGCCUCCGGCAGUGGCCACGCAGGAUUCCCAGGACUCGUCCACACCGUGCCCACGCUCGACGGGCAGCAUGGUGGCCCACCACGACGACAUCGUGACGAGGAUGAAGAACAUUGAGAUGAUCGAGCUGGGCCGCAACCGUAUCAGGCCGUGGUACUUCUCUCCAUACCCACAGGAACUAGUCAACUCGUGCAUUUACCUCUGUGAGUUCUGCCUAAAGUACACAAAGUCCCGAACCUGUCUCAAGCGACAUUUGGCCAAAUGCACGCUCAAGCAUCCGCCGGGAAACGAGAUCUACCGCAAGGGAAACUACUCUUUCUUUGAGAUAGACGGCCGCAAGAACAAGAUGUAUGCACAGAACCUCUGUCUGCUGGCCAAGUGUUUCCUCGAUCACAAGACGCUGUACUAUGACACGGACCCAUUCCUCUUUUAUGUCAUGACCGAGGUCGACAGUCGUGGCUACCAUCUCGUCGGCUAUUUCUCAAAGGAAAAAGAGUCAACGGAGGACUACAAUGUAGCCUGCAUCUUGACACUGCCACCCUACCAGAGGAAAGGCUUUGGCAAGCUGCUGAUUGAGUUCAGUUAUGAACUGUCCAAGUUUGAAGGCAAGACGGGCUCCCCUGAGAAGCCACUUUCGGACCUGGGGCUGCUGUCGUACCGCUCGUACUGGUCCGAAACCAUCCUCGAGAUCAUGAUCAAUAUGACUCCCAAUGAGGCAGGAGAGAAGCCACAGAUCACAAUUCAUGAAAUGAGCGAGUUGACGAGCAUCAAGAAGGAGGACGUGAUAUCAACACUACAGUACCUGAACCUGAUCAACUACUACAAGGGCCAGUACAUCAUCACUCUGACCCGGGAGGUGAUCGAGGCGUAUGAGCGGGCGGCCCUCAAGCGGCCCCUGCGGAUCGACCCCAAGUGCCUGCACUGGACGCCCAAGGACUGGUCCAAGCGCGGCAAAUGACUGCCAGCGACUUCGGCCGCACGCCCCGCUCUGCAGGAGUGACAAUGCCCUCGUCCACCAUCACGCACCGGAGUGCUCUUCACGUGGCAUGCUGUUGGUGCCAAAGCCAUUCGCUCGUCUGCUCCUUCAGCAUCUUCAACAAAAUGCAAUGGGGUGUUUGCGUCGUCAGUAGUGCUGCAUUAACUGGCGGUGCUUCAUCCCCUCCGGCAUGUGACAAUGUGAGCACUGUCAUUGGGCCCGUGUGUGUGUGCGUGCGUGCCUGUUUUAUCGACAUACCCUGGACACUUCGCAUUCUCUCUGUCUUGAAAAGCAUGGCUUGCAAAGGGGUCAGCCUUAAAACUGAGAAUCUCGCAUCAAACUGAUGGCAUCAUUACCAGUGCUUGUGUAACGAGUUGUUGGGUUGAAUUCGGUUUUCCACGUGUGUGGGAGACACACAAGUUCACAAUAGUUAAUGUUGCAGUUGCAACUCUGGCAUUCAUUUUUGUGUCGUCCCUUCAGCAGCUGAAUGCCAGUCAUACUGCAGCUUCACUUUUAUUGUUCUCGGGGUCAAGUUCGCAGUGCUAUUAGCAGCUAAGCAUGGUUAGCGAUUACCUGGUGCCUUGGCCGUCAUCCCACCGACUUUCUCUCGAGGCCAAUUUUGAACCCUCCGCCAGGUAUGGACAGCUCUCCGAAUCCAGCACCUGAUUAAUCUAGGCCACUAUUCUGUACCGAUGCCUUUUUCGGUGCUAAUGCCUUAUCGCGUUUUCGAGCGCCCAGAGCGACACCGCACUCUGGGCGUAGCGUUGAACGCGACCACUCACGAACGUGAAAAGCGCGAGAAGGCAUUAGCAUCCGACAAGUCAUCGCUACAAAAUCACGGUCAUCUCUAGUAAGAAUGAUUGAUGGCUAGGUUCACAAAACUACAAGCCAUUCACACAAAAGCAUAUACCAAUUUCAGCACGUCCUUGUUUCUAGAGCCCUGCUGUUCUCUGUGAUUACCAUUUUUUUAAGAGUUUAAAUGAUGGCUCUGGAAAUGGUGCCUUUGGUUUCCAUGCGAGUGGUGCAAGCUGACCUCCGUUGCAUCGCUCGGCCAGACUGAGAGUCACUGCUCAUUGUCAAGACCACAUUUGUCUUUCAUCGCCAUUAGGAUGUUAUUUAAUUACAUUGUAAAACCCCACCAUAUGAAAAGCAGCAAAGAUUUAGAGUUUGAUCCUGUGGCCUUUCAUUAUAGUAUUGAGUCUCUUUCUCCAAAUUUUCUCUCCCCACCCCUUUUCUUUUUGUUUGGUUCUUGCGAAGUGCCGCAUAGGAGCUCGUAUGUAGCUAUUUAGUCUCAGUAAGCAAUGAUUGUAUCUUCAAAAUUCACUGACAGAACGAUGUAUGGCCUAAUGAUUCGAUUACUCCAUGCCCCGGAGAGGUGGGGAGAUUGGGUCGUUUAAUGAAAGCCAGAGUGUGUUCAGCUUUAGCGAGUCCUAAAGAGAGAGGAAAAUUAACAUUUGUCUUGUUUGCAUUGUACAGAGCAGGUGUUUAGCUGAUCAGCUUGUGGCUUUCACCGUCUCAUGGUGGUACAAUGUCCCCUUUCUCGAUGAAGUGUGAUAUGCAGGUUUUCAUUGAUGCAACUUCCAAGUGCUUGCGAAGCUGUUGUCUGUAUGCCGCGUUAAGCUCUGUGGUUCUGAGCCAUUAAAGGACAUGCUGUUCGUUGUCAUUAUGUGGUGGUUCAGCUUCUGCUAAGUGGAACACCUUUGCCACGGGUCCCCUUUCCCGAUGAAGUGUGAUAUGCAGGUUUUCAUUGAUGCAACUUCAAAGUGCUUGCGAAGCUGUCAUCUGUGUGCCACGUUCAGCUUUGUGGUUCUGAGCCAUUAAAGGACAUGCUGUUCGUUGUCAUUA